UGAGAAGGAAGUCACGUGGGGCCGGGCUCACAUGACCGGCCGCGAGAUGGACCGGGCGCUUCCCGCUGAGGCGGCGGCUGCUGCGGCUGCGGACCUCGCGACUGCAGACUUGCCAAAGCCUCAGGUAAUUGAGCAGAGGGAACCAGAUUCAUUUCGAAUGCAGAUGCCUCAAGGGAACCCGUUACUGCUCUCUCACACCCUCCAGGAGCUGCUGGCCAGGGACACUGUGCAGGUGGAGCUUAUUCCUGAGAAGAAGGGCCUCUUCCUGAAACACGUGGAGUAUGAAGUUUCGAGCCUGCGCUUCAAGUCCUCCGUGUACAGAAGGUACAAUGACUUUGUGGUCUUCCAUGAGAUACUGCUGCAGAAGUUCCCCUAUCGAAUGGUGCCAGCACUUCCACCCAAGAGAAUGCUUGGAGCUGACAGAGAGUUCAUUGAGACCAGACGAAGAGCUUUGAAACGCUUCAUUAACCUAGUGGCCCGGCAUCCCCCUUUCUCAGAAGAUGUGGUCCUGAAGCUGUUCCUCUCAUUCAGUGGCUCAGAUGUACAGAAUAAACUGAAGGAAUCAGUCCAAUGUGUUGGAGAUGAAUUCAUGAUUUGUAAACUGGCAACUCGAGCCAAGGACUUCCUCCCAGCUGACAUCCAGGCACAAUUUGCUGCCAGUCGAGAACUGAUCAGAAAUAUCUAUAAUAGCUUCUAUAAGCUUAGAGAUCGGGCUGAAAGGAUUGCAUCCCGAGCCAUUGACAAUGCUGCUGACCUCCUCAUAUUUGGAAAAGAAUUAAGUGCUUUAGGAUCUGACACAACACCACUUCCCUCCUGGGCCACGAUGAAUAAUAGCACAUGGGGGACGCUGAAACAGGCCUUAAAAGGCCUCUCUGUUGAAUUUGCACUGCUGGCUGAUAAAGCUGCACAACAGGGUAAACAGGAAGAGAAUGAUGUGGUGGAGAAGUUGAAUCUCUUCUUGGAUUUGCUCCAGUCCUAUAAAGAUCUCUGUGAGAGACAUGAAAAGGGUGUGCUUCACAAGCACCAGCGAGCAUUGCACAAGUACAGCAUGAUGAAGAAGCAAAUGAUGAGUGCUACGGUGCAGAAUAGAGAGCCAGAGAGUGUGGAGCAGCUGGAGUCCCGCAUUGUGGAGCAAGAAAAUGCAAUCCAGACAAUGGAACUCCGGAAUUAUUUCUCUUUAUAUUGCCUACAUCAAGAGACUCAGCUUAUUCAUGUCUACCUGCCUCUUACUUCACACAUCUUAGGAGCCUUUGUCAACUCUCAGAUACAAGGCCACAAAGAGAUGAGUAAAGUUUGGAAUGAAUUGAAGCCCAAAUUAAGCUGCCUUUUUGCAGGACCCAAUAACAUGCCAACACCACCACGAUCACCGCAGGAGAGCAAUGUGUUUUCUCAUUAGUUCCUGGAGAGGACUGCCUAGGUUUUAGGCAGUGCUAAGAGUACCCUUCCAGCCUCACUAAAACAUCACCAAACUGUAUCAUUGUGUAUUUCCCUUAAAACAGUAGCUGCCACUCUGGUGCUCACAGAUGUUUGGACUGAAAACUGAGCAGAAGACCCUGAUGCAGUGAAAGGGGAUAAGACUCAGAUUUUAAUUUCCUGUCUUGUCCUCUGCUCAUCUUCCUUCAUUUCAUAGUCCUCGGAGGCAAGAUUGAGACACCUUACUGUCGGGUACUUUGGGGAGGAAAGAAAAUGUGCUUAGAUGCUAAGGGCUGAAGGGCCACUGGUGGUGGUUGGUAAUUCCCUUUCCUCUUACUUACAUCCACCUUUUCCCUCCACCGCCAUCUUUCUUAAUAUAUACACUCUGGUUUCCUCUCUGGAAGUGAGAAGCAGUAGAUGUCCUCUAUGAAAGGCAAUUCUCCUAGUCUUCAGGAAGGCUGGGAGAUUAAGGAUGACGUUCAUGUAAGUGAAGUUGUCUGUGGGUGAAUAAGUUAGUCCCCUGAUAACAGCUGUUUAAUCUUUUGAGGGGACAGAUAAAAUUAAUCAGAAUUCAUUGGAUUUCUUUACUUAGGGGUCAGGAUUAACUGAACAGAUGAGUAAGGGUGAGAAGAGGGUAAAAUUCAUAUACAUAGAAGGUUUAUUUCAGUGUAGUCAUGCCUUUUGGUUGAAAUAAUGUUAAUGUUUUUUUUUAAAUGAGUUUUCAGUGAAAGGUCUAAAAAUUAUGUAAUGCUGUUGAACACUCCUGAACAAAUUGCCUUACACUAGGAAUUUUCAAUUUUAAAGUAUGUUUGUGUGUGUGGGUGUGUAUGUGUGUGUACAGAAGAGAACCAUUUUGCUUAUGGAGGGGGUUGUUAGCUGGUAGGUACAAACAGUAUUAGUUUUCUGUGUCUAUUCCAGGCAGCUAGAGACAAACACUAGGAACCUUGGUUUAUUACGAGACUCAUUCUAAAUUUGGCAAGGCCUGCCAUAUUUCAUUUUCCAUUCCUCCACUUUUACCCUCUUCUUUACCUAAUGGCAUGAUCUGUCUUUUUGCACAAAAGUAGGACCAAAAUAUUUGGCAUAUUAAAGUGAGCUAAUUGAAUCGUCUGUCAUAUACUAAAAACUAAUUCUCUAAAAAGGUGCCACACUUUUAUUUUGGCUGCUUACAUUGGAGUGUGCAGAAUAUACCAAGUUGAGAAGGGUGUGGUGAAGAUGAGAUGAGGAAAUCAGAGGAUCAUGAUUCUUAUUUCAGUUGUGCUUUAAAAUAUACUGGCCUUUACAAGAGAGAAUCUGUGUUCUUUGAGAAUUAAAGAAAAAAUAAAGCAACCAGCUAGUUUCCUGAUGGCACAACUCCUGGUUGAGGUAGUGGAACAUUCCUGCUAAUUUCAGUCCUUCCCUUCCUUAGCCCAGCUCUUACUCAAUGGGGUUUAUUGUGUAACUCUUCAGCUCUGUUUUCCACCUUGUGAUGAUGUGGGAGAGUUCUCAGAUAUCCUCUGGUGGAGACCUGUAAGGAUGGGUGGUGUCUUUUCUUGCCUUAAUGUGCUACUAUUCCAAAUCCCUAGUGGAAUAUUUCUCUGUGGGAUUGAAAAUAAACUGGACUUCUCUGCAUCAGGGACUUCUGGGUCCAUUUAGACUUUGCUUUUCCCAUUCUUACAAAGACGGAAAAAUUGGAAAAGGCUCUAAAAGGGCAGCAUGCGUUCUGAAAAUAUUGCCCUCAUGGAGUAUUUGUCAGGUUCCAAGGAGAUUUUCUCUGUUAUUUUAAUGUUAUAUUCUGACUUUUAAGUUUUAAAAUAUGUAGCAUGAAGGAUUCUAGAAUAAAAAUAGAAGCCACCAAGCAUUCUCUCUAGCUACGGGAGAAUCAAAAUAACCAAAAAUACUUGAUUUAUGCAGAUAAGCUAAUUCUUUUUUUUCUGGCACAAGCAAAAUGAGGGCUUUUCUUUGUGGACUCAAAUGGUUGCACCAGGGGUCUCGUCUCAAAGCACAUUGCUGUGUUUGAUUCAUUCAAAGAGUAUGUGAGGGGAAGUGCAAGACUUGUGAGCUGUGUACUCCAUGUGGCAUGUCAGCACAUUCUUCAGAUGUUUGCUUUGCAUUCAUGAAGUAGCUAGAGGCAUAAGGGUCACUUGGUAGAAAACACUAAUGGCACCUGGAUCUGUAACUUACUGCCCUAAGGCUCCCAUCUUCCCUCCUACUAGGAAAGCUGACCUUUGCUUAUAUAAGUGAAUGCAACAUUUAAAACAGCAUGUGAUAGAAGGGGGUCUAUUUCAACUGUUGAACAGGCUUAUUAUCCUCUGAAAAGAGAAGAUGCAGGGCUUUAGUUAGGGCCUAAAAAUAAUACUGAAGUUGUUUUUAGAAUUAUUGGUCUGUAACUAGAGUUGGCCAAGAGAAGGGUGGAGUCUUCUUUGCCUUCAGGGUCUCUGCCUGCCUGCCAUCCAUUCCCCUUUUAUGGAAAUAAAGUCUGUACUCACUUUGAAAGAAUCAAUACACCUUUUUUGUGCUGCUCCCUUUUAUAUUGUGAUUUGCUUAAGCCAUAUAACAUAAAAUUUAUUUGUACAAAACCCAUGGGGCCUUGUCCUUCCUGCCUACACAGCUGCAAAGUGUGCUAAACACACCUUCACUGCUAUUACAUUGAAGUCUCCUGGGACCCUAAAGUUGCAUGUUAUCCUGCUGGCCUAGGGCCUUGAGUCUUUGUAGAGAGCCUAGGAGAAUAUGUCACAGUCCAGGCCAUGGUUAGAGUGCAUGUUAUAGAGAGAUCCAGACCUGACCUUCUUGUCUUGGAUGUUCUAAACAUAAUGAAAGACUGGAAUAGUGGGGUCGGGGUUUCUCCUUUCAGUAUUUGAGACUAUUGCAGAUGUAGUCAUUAUGUGCCUCCAUGAAAAAUAAAAGCAAGCAGCCAGAAGACCUGUAGUUCCUCAAGGAAUAGAUAUCAAAUGGUAUUAAUUUAAGAACUUUCAGUUGGCAUGCUGGCCAGAGUCAUUAGUUAGAGGGAGUUUAUGAGAGAUGUGUUUAAAAAUGUAUAUAUAGAGAGAAGUUACCCUAAUUUAAAACACUCACUUGAAGGAAAUGUACUACCAAAGAGUUUUCUGAAAACUUUUUUUUCUCCUCUUCUGUACUAAUUGUGAUGCUUUGGGAGCUUGUAGUAAAUCAUGACAGAGUCAUGAGUUAAAUCACAUUGUUAGGACAUUAUUUCCUUAAGUAUCUACCAAUGGUAGACUCCCUUUGAGGAACAAAACUUUAGAUACAAAGGACAAAUGGGUAAAUAGACUCUUCUUCAAAACUAGUUCUUCAGUUUUCAGAGAGCUUGCAGUCCAUCCCAGCAGCCCUUUCUGGGAACUGACCAUGGCAACAAGUAGAACCAGACUUCUGCUUGUCUACUACUAAGAAUUUCCAGUGUUUCAAGACUUGAAAAAAAAAAGUAAUCUUCAUAUUUUAUACUUAAUGGCUGUAUUUUAUUUAAAUGGGGACCUAUUCUUUUUUGGAUUUUAUCUUUUUUCUUAAUGAAUUCUUUAGGAACAUUGUAAACAGUGGUGGAGGCCUUUUGAUCCAUCUGUUGAUAUUGUGCAUUCUAAUGGUAUUCCCUUAGAUUUGGGGGACCAUCCCAGGGAGACAGAAUGAGAAGGAAAUAGACCUUAACUACAGAAAUAACAGUAGAUCAGGGAGCUUCUUCAACAUGAUUUCUUAGUCCAGGGUCCGUUUCUAAGGAGCCAUUUGAUAGAUCAACUCUAAUUGUAGGACCAGUGGAGAUAACACAAUUCCUAGGGAGUUAUUCCGGGACGUGAGAAUAGCUUUUACAGGUUGAGGUCCAUGCUCACACAGCCAAAAGCUCUCCAGGUAGGCUAGCUUCUCACUGUGCUCCAGAGGGGCCAACCCCUUCAAAGGAAUGCCAUUGGUAUGCACAGUAGCCUGUCAGUGUCUAAAAAUCAUCAGCUUCAGUGAAAAGUGAGUCAGAGUACAUUGUUCUGAAUAUGGGACUAUGCUUGUCAUUCAACAAAAGUGACCUCUAUGAGAGGCCUAGACAAACACUGAAACUUAAUGGCUUAAAUACUUUUGGAAGCCUGUUAAGUGCUCUUGUUAUCUUGGAUUACAUUUCAGAGCUUUUUGGAGUUGUCAAUUUUUGUCACAAAUUAUGGGGUUUAGAUGUGAAAUUUUAUAUUAAAUGGUCCUUAUGGUUCUGUCUUAGAUCCCACCCAUUCCUUAGGAGCUUUGGCUUAUUCAGCAAUACCUGGAAAAAAAACCCUUUAAUUAACACUCUACUCAGCUCAGAAAGCCUAAUGUGAGGACUGAGUGGGAAGCUGAUUUGACCGAAAUGAAGACCUUUUCCUGGUUAGGCCAAUUUACCAUUUCUUUUGCUUUGCUGUACUAGUUUUAUGUAUGAAGCACUUUAUCAAAUUGCAGGAAUUAGUUAUUACUACAGCUGAUGAACUGGAAAAUGUUUACAAAUGAUUACACUCCAAAACUUUUAUCAAUAAAACAUAUAUAUGAACAAAUGUUAUUAAAUGUAUUUGUAAGACGUGUGUAAAAGGCUUAAGUUGCCGCGUGUGUUUGACUUUCUCUGCUUAUCUACCUUCUACAGAAUAUCCACCUUCUGUAGAAUUCUGUUGAGGCAGUGUGGUGCAAUGGAAAGAGCACCAGAUUAGGAUGCAGACCCAAGUUCUUAGUGCUGGCUCUACCACCUGUGAGCCCCAUGACCUCAGACAAGUCCUUCAACCUCUAGAACCCGUUUCCUCACGUAGAAUAGAGGCACGUCAUAGGGUGACUUUUUUAGGUCAACUAAGAUAUUUGUGAAAAUGAUUUGUAAAAUAUAA